AUGGCGCUGGCGAUGGUGCCGGACGGCUUCGACGUCGCGGACGUGCCGCGGCCGCCGCAGCGCAUAACGGCGCAGUCGGAGGGGAUCGUCGGGCGCUGGUACAGCAACUUCUGGACGCUGCACGCGGUGCGCUACCAGUGCAUGCUCGCCGGCGUCGCGUGGCCCUUUGGUGAGCGUCAGCGGCCACGCACGAAUUACGACGAGCCGUUCUUCUUCGUCGACUUCGAGGAGAGCAAGGCGGUGCGCGACUACCGCAGCCGCUGGAUCAACGUGAACCGCAGCUUGGUCGGCAUGACAAAGCGCAUGAAGGAGGCGGAGGAGGAGGCGCGCUACAUGCGGUUCCGCAAGCAGCAGGACACGUUCUGGUCCAACCGCAAG